GGAUUUUGUUGUUUGUUUUCAUUGAAAUAAAAAAAAUAAUAAUCAUAAUAUUUUUAAAUUAACGUUAAGGACUUUUCAAAUAACUUAUACUUAAAAAAACUUAAUUAUGUUGUUCGCUAAGCUACCCUGUUUAUUUAUUGCGUGUGUAUUGUUUUUUUACGAGAUUCAUGCCUCUAAUCAUUGGAUGGUUACUGAAAGUGGCUUAAUACAGCCGAGGCUUGAUUCGCCGUUUGAAAUGGCCCGUCCUUAUGAUCUUUUAGCAUUCUUAAAUCAAGAACAACGGUGGGAUAGUAUAUCAGAUCUUUUUAAUGAUCUUAUAAAUAGACAAAUAGAGAUAGACAAGCUCUGGGCUAAUGUACGGAAAUAUACAGAUGUUGGAAGGCAGAUAGCCCAGAAUGAUGAUUGCAUAAAAGCCGGUAAUGUUAACAUAAUAGAUUGGUUUGCUGCUCUUCUAGAGGAUGGAUCUAAUAAAAUACAUCCAAAUGAAUUUUUACUCCCUAAUCCUUAUUAUGGUCCAAACAGCGAUAUACCUGAUUGUAAGCGAAUAUCAUCAUUACCAUUUAGUAUGACUGCCUUUGAGCACUUAGAGAGUCUGAGACACAGGGUAAAUUUAACAGCCAAUCCAGAAUUUGUGUUGCCAGAAUUAAUAUCACCCAUCAUGACUCUUGAUCAGUAUGGACACUGGCUGUCUGGGGUGCUUUAUCGUAAUAGUUCUUCCUGGUUACAUUACCACAUGGCAUCCCUAUAUUGGAGGGUUAGGGGCAGUGCUACGAAAGCUAUUGAAUGCUCACGCCGUGCUUUACAUUAUGUCCCGAGAGUGUUCAAAGAUGUAGCUCUAGGGAGUCUUGGAAUGGUUUUACAUCGUUGUGGUAAAACAAAUGAUGCUAUAGUUAUACUUAAUGCAGCUGUAGAGCAUGAUCCAAAGAAUUAUGUGAGUCAUUUUUCAAUUGCAAAUGCUUAUACCGUGAUUGGUGAAUUUAACACGUCAUUAAAAUUUUAUGACCAAACUUUAAAAUUGAAUCCGAGAAUGGAGUUGGCAAUUAGACAUAAAUAUGGGGUGUUAUGUCACGCAAAAUUAGCAGUCAGGAUAAAAGCGAUAAGGGAAACACUGAAUAAGCUACGUGGCGAAUUACAUGAUUACAAACAAAAGGAAGCUGCAUGGCCUAAAAUGCAAGCAGAAUUCUUAAGAACUUUAAAAAAUGGAGAAGACUUUGAUUAUAGAAAUAAGGAAAAGAACUCUGAGAAGAUGUCAUUGAUAACCGGUUUAGAUAUAAAGAAAUUAAAGAAUUAUAUAGAGAAAAAUUCUCUUAUAAAAUACUUCAUUGAUGGUCCAUUGUAUAGCGAUGAAACUUUGGGAAAACAGGGUAUCGAUGCUAUGGAGACCAUUUAUAACCUGGAGAAACUGAUUAAGAAUAUAAAUAAAAAUGGUCGCAAUGCCGCCGAAAUGUCAUUUCAGACUGAAAAACCAAUUGAAGUAAACAACUUUAAUGAUAAGCCUUCUCCUGCUCCAUCAAUUCCAGAUAACCCUUUUCCAAAUGAGGCUAAACCGGUACCACAUACCAACGAGAAGAAGGUUACAAAAACUCCACGAGAAUCUUUGUCUGAAUAUGAAACUGGUAUAUUUAUAUAUGCAUCGAUAACAAUUAAUAGAAACGUAGAAGAUUUUGACAAAGAGAUUGAGUGGCCGUCAGAUGAACUGUGCAAAAAUGUACCAAAGAUGCCUAAGAGUUUAGAUGCUGUCAUUCCAGUUUUCCUGCCUUUUGAGAAUAAAGGUAUAAGGUUUCGGUCUCUACUCACUGAGAAGUUGGGCGUGCCGCUAAGCGAGGAGCACGAGCUGCCGUGGCAUCCGCCCGUCUGCGCGCUCGACCGAGACGCCGCGCACUACGCGCACAAGAAGAACAGACAAAGUACUCCUGAAAUAGUAGAGACGGAUUUCAUGCGAACAAAACUUCUGGAAUAUGUCAGCGAUGGAAACGUCGAUGCGGCUAAGCAUAUGCAAGAGGCUGAAAUAGGCCAGCGUAUUUACGUAGCUAUGAAAAAGAAACUGGCCCCGAAAUGGAUGCUGCUCACACUUUCGUCUCUAUAUUGGAGAGUUCGCAAGAACAAUGUAAACGCUCUACAUUGUCUCCACAACGCCGUCCGCUGGGUGCAGGAGGAGUACAAAGACUUAGUGCUGGUGUCUCUGGGUUCGGUUUACCUCGAAAUGGGAUACUACGACGAGGCUUUGGCAACUGCUGAUGCGGCAUUCCGACUUAGUUUAUAUGAGCCCGCGACUAACUUCCUGCUGGCUCAGAUAAAUAUAAUGAAAAAGAACCACAACACGCACAUGUUCCACCUGAAGCAGACGCUGCGGGUGGAGGCGGGCUACAUGGACGGGCUGGCGCGGAACUUGCUCAGCAACUGGGCCUGCCUCCUGAAACAGCUCAGUAAUUUGAAAGAAAUGGAUAUGGGGGAGGGCGAUAUAUGUACGCACGUUAAACCCAUGGUCAACGUGGUGUGCGAGAAGGACGGCGAAAACUGCCAAAUGAGUAACAUACAGUGUUUCAGCAGCCACGAUAGAGCCGACACGAGCAAACUGGUGGUGCUACUAAAAGAAAAGGACCGCCACCAGACGCUGGACAACCUCGACGCGAGCUUCUUCGACAACUUCAUAAUCAACAGCCCGGCGGACAAGGCGGACCGCCUGGCGCACCACGCCAACUACGACACCAUGGUGCGCACCAUCGAGGGCGCGCUCAAGGGCUGCGGGCCCGCCGGCUGCCACAAUCUCAAACCGGAAGACAUGUCGAUGAAGGAGCAAGAUUGCUCGUAUCAUCACUUCCAGUUGGGCUACUGGCUGCAUAUCGUCAGUUUUAGACAACUGCUCACGGAUUCGGAUGUCCAAUUGCCGACAGAAAUAACAUUAGUGACACCUUCGAACAAAAAAGUGCCCGAAUGUCGUAUAAUUGGUGACCCAAUGGAAGACUUCGUCACUGAGAAACUGAACCGUGUAAGCACAGAAGACUGGGAGCCCGUGCUAAGUCUCAUGCAUCAGUUAGCAGAAAUGUUCGACUCAUUUGACUACGUUACCCUCGGAGCUAAGAUCGCUAAAUAUGUGGAAAUGCGGCCGAACUCGUGGACGGGCGCGCUGGUGGCGGGCUGGUGGUGCGGCGCGGGCGGGCGCGGCGCGUGCGCCGUGCGCUGCGUGCGCGCCGCCUACGCGCUGGCCUCGCGCGCGCACACGCACUACGCCCUGCGCGCGCUCGUGGCGCUGCUGCACGUGCAAUCGAAACAACUGGAUGCGAAGGAAGUCGCUUACUUGUCCUUCUACAUGUCGCCAAAGAGUAAGAUCGAAGCGUUCCUAGUUGCCGUCUCGCACUCCUAUCUCGCUGAGUACGAACAAGCCGUGUGGAUGUACCGCUACGCGCUCGCCUUCGACGAGAAGUUCAUUCCGGCGAAGGCGUGCCUGCACGCGACCAUGUGUCUCAUGUUCUAUGGCGACAAUCAGGGGAAAGCCAAGGAGGAAUAGAUAUUUUAAUUAAAUAUAUUAAAGGCAAGCCAUUAUAAAGGCUGGAUAUGUACCUACUUGAAAUAUACCUAAGAAAUUGUUGCGAACAUUAAGGUGCGUUUCUACUAAAAUAUUUUCUCAAAAAAAACAAACAAAAUAACUACUAUGCUUGCAUUUCUUCAGUCAAUACAAAACUUGUGUCGAUAACACGAAUGUUUACAAUUUUUCUUUAGUGGAGACGCAGCUUUGUGUUUAAUUUCGUUUGUAUAACAUCUUAUAUAAAGAUAAAUAAUCUGAAUGGGUAAAGUCUCUCUAAAUAGCUUCCUCCACAAGAUAUGAUACGAAUUAGCUUAAUAAUAUCAAUAUAAUCUAAAUGUUUAUACCGAUUUAUAAAUUAAAAAAAAAAUCAAGAUUAGCACAUUUAUCCAUAAAAUAUAAGGAAAAUAUUUUUUCCAUUUUUAAAUAAAUAAAUGUAAUCUAGAAUUAAGCAAACAUAGGUCUGUUUUUAUUGAAUCUUAGUGUUUUUUGUAUUGUUUAAGCUUAUCCGCCUCGAUGAAUUUAUGUUAUCAUUCCAAAUACUCGAUAUAACGGUAACCGAUGAGAUUUUAAAAUGUACUAAACUUUUAUUUUGCCGCAAGAUUCUAUUGAAUAGCUUAGAGGGCAAAUCACAAUCGACGAUGGUUCGAUCACAAAUGCCCAAUUACUAUUGUUGUUAUCAUAAGUUACUAAUUGCUAGUCGUAUUUUAUUAUUUUGUAUUUUAUUGGGAAAACAGUCGGGCUAAUGAUCCAUUAGAUGGAGAAUGGAUGGUAAGUGGUCACAGGCGGUCAUAGACUCUAUAACAACAAGAAAAAUAACCAUGGAACAAUAAGUUAUUAUGUCUCUUGUACCUGUAAUUUCACUGGCUUAUCCUUCAAAGCAACACAAAUAUAUUUUUAACGGUAGAAUGACUAAAAAGUGGGUGGUUCCCACCCAAUCACAAAGAACUACCACUGGUAUUUUAUUUAGUAAUAAUAAAAAUAAAAUAUGUAUAAGAAUAAAUAAUCGCCUUCAAUUAUAUUGUUUUUUAAAUCACAGAGUAUCUGGUGUGAGCUGUGCUUUGUAAUUUCUACAUAUAAUCUAUUACAAUGGCAAGAGGAGUAAACAUAAAUAAACAACUUUGACCUUGAAUUGACAUGACAUCAAAUCAAAUCAAAUCAAUUAUCAUUGGACGAGAUCUAUAAUUAUCUAUGAUAUUAAUAUUCAUUAUGGUUUCGUGAAACACUGGUGUUUUUAAUGUCAGUGAAAUUAUCAUCGGAUCUAGGAUCAAAUAGUAUUUUAUAUAAAUAAUAAUAUUUUAAUCAAGAUUGGUUUUUACGGCAUAGCUGAAACAUUUGCGAAUAGUAUAGAAUACGUAAAUCUAAGUUCAUUUAUCUUUCCUCCUCCUGCCGUUGGGAUAAACUAUAAUGAUGUUAUGUUAUGCUAUUUUAUGAGUGUAUUAAAAAUUACAAUUUUAAUAAUUUACAUUGAAGAGCUGGGAGUUUAUAUGAUUGAACACGUUCCGAUUAGAUGAUUGCUGUUUUGUACAAUAGUCCGUUUAUUGGAAAAGCUAAAGUAAAGUUUUUAACUAUAAACGUCGAUUAUAAUAGCAAACUAUGUAAUUGGUGUGUUUAAUGAAAAUUAACGGGGAUGAACCCGCAGGUCACAGCUACUCAUAUAUAAUCAGCUUAAUACGGGUCAUAGCGUAAGCUUAAAGCGUUCUACGUUAAUAUUAUAUCGAAUUGGACUUAUUUUUUUCCAAAUACACAAAAAGUGUUUGUGAUUUUUUUAUGCAUUUGCAAACGUCUGUUUAUUGUUUGAAAAAUGUAAACUGUUUCACGUUUAAUAUUUUUUAACGUAAAAAAAUUAUAUUCAUUUGCACAUGUAGUACAAUGUACUAAGACUGACCGAACUUAUUUUUUAUUUUUGACCAA